AGCAAUAUGUUAAAUAAAAGCAAACACUAAGUAAAACAGUGUAAAUCUAGAGCAAGCAACAAAUAAACAAAAUUGUGAAAAUUAAUUAAUAGCUAAUGCGCGCGCGUUUUUGCAUGUUGUUGUUGCUGCAGCCGCUGCAUCUUUUUAUGUAGAAAGUGCCACAUUUCAAAAGCAAUUGAUGUAAGCUAAGCAAUGGCAGCGAUUAACACAAAUGCAGCGCAUAAGAUCAACAAUAGCUACGACUCGGAGCCUUCCACAGGCAGCGGCUCGUCACUAAGUGAACAGAAUGAGGGACACAUAUCUGACGAGGAGCAUAUGCAGUUGCCCUAUUUGCUGCAGCCCAAACCGGAGAUAGUCACUACCCCUGUCCAAGGCAGCCAGGAGACGCCGUUUCGUGGCUUUGGCGAUAGCCCCUAUGGCCAGCUAAACAAGCAGCUCUACGGCUCGCAAUUGAAGCAUCUCAAACUGCCUGAAGUGGAGACGCAAGAGAAGCCAGUGCAACGUGAAUCGCCGGGCAGAAUUGCUUUUCCACGUUUCUAUGAUAGCGUCAUGGAGGAGAACAGCUGCAAUGCAGUUGAUAUGCCAGCUGCAACAUCAGUGGCUGCUGCCAACAUCACCGAAAGUUUAUCGUUCAAUGGCAAAAUCAAAAGUCUGACGCAGGAGCAGCAGCCUGCAGUGCAUGUGGAACAGCCAGCGCCACCAACUCAAUUAAGCGAAUCAUUUAUACUCAAAAGAAUCAACAACGAGCGCUCACCCGACUUGUUUGCGGAAAGCGAUGAUGAGGAUAACGACGACGAGCAAACCGACAAGGGUCUGUGCACAACACUUGAGGAUUUGCCCGAGGCGCUGGAGGAGAGUCAAUGUGCCAGCGAGGCAGCGCCAGUGCUAAGCGAUAAUCGCAACGCGCGCCUUUCACUGCAAUCGAGCUUUGUGGAUGAACAAACUCAAGACACUAGCUUCAAUAUCAGCAAUGAUCCACGCUCGCAUUUCCUUGAAAAUUGUCGUCGCGAGCGUGAACUCUAUCGCCGCAUCAGACGCUGUCUGCAAGGAGUGCGGCCACCGCCUUCAGUUACUAUGCCCGACAUAGAUGUUAUCAACACUGUGGUGGAGCAAAAGACCAAAGUGCUGAACUUUCUACUGCCAGCGAGCAGUUCAACUGGCAUUGAGGACAGCGGCAUUUGUGCCACGCCCUCGCUGUUCAAGCCCACGCACAGUCUGAGCGAGGCGCAGAGCAUGAGCUGGCGCGAUGUGCUCAAUGUGCGACACCAUGGUCUAAGUUAUAAUCUAAACAAGGCUGCCGAACAAAACGAAUACCUCAGUUUGUCUGUCGUGGAGCGCUAUGUGGGCGUAGAGACAGCUACGUCCUAUGUGCGCUCUCCCUCCAGCGCCAAGAAGCGCAAUAUGAGAAUGAAAAUGCUCACACAAUCGCCCGGCAAUCGUCUUAGCCAUUUGGCAAAGCGUCGCGCCAUCUUUUCGUCCGCCAAUUUGGCCACCAACUCUAUUAAACUAAACAACUCUAUUGGCCCGCAAAUACUGCUCGAUAAAAAAAAAAUACGCAACAAGCGCAAAGCUACGCCCAAACGCAAAACGCCAGGCAGCAAAAAGAAAGCACGCAAGACGCCUUCCUCAUCCGCACGCAAGCGUCUGUAUCGCAACGAUCUCAUCAAGCCUGGUCCCUCGCGUGAAACCUCCAAGCGCGCGCUGUUCCAAAGUCCUGCGAAGACGCUGCAGCAGCUGAAUCCGACCAAGCCACUCUUUAAGCCCGAGAUUGCCAAUCGCGUGGAGCGCUCCAAGCGCGCGCUUUUCUCGCCUGACAAUGGCAGUCAGCAGAGCUCGGGCAUCAAUAGCCAGCUAGACACGUUGCUUAAGCGCAAGCGCGAGGAUGAGGACGAUGCUGUGGACCAACUUGCCAGCCAAAGCAGCAAACUGUUUCGCGCUGGCAGCGCUAGCGGCAGCGGUCUAACGCCACGUGCGCUUAAGAUAAAAAGUCAAAGUUUUUGCAUUGGAGCUGGUUCCUCCACAACAGCGCUGCUAAAACCGGCAGCGACAUUGAUUAGUAGCCGACUGAGCCAUGGACUGAGCGGCAGCAGCAGCAACUUCGGUGGCAGCAGUGCCACGCCCACGGGUAGCAAGUUGCAGCGCGCACACUCUGAAAUGAGCGCCACGCCACAAAGUGCUAUGACAGACAAUCAGCGCAAGAAGCUGCUCUGGGCGGUGUCACAGGCGCUGCAGGAGAAGAAAAUCUCUGCUAAGCAUGAGCAUUUCCGCCAGCAUGCAGCGGAUCUGGCGAGGAUUGUAAAGCGUAUCUUUCAGGAGUUUUAUCAAGGACAUACGACUAGCAACAGCGAGACUUUGCUGCGGCUUGCUAAGAAAUAUGCCUUUAACGUCAUAGGCGGCAAGCAGGCGGAUGAUAUUUAUCUGCAGGCGCGCAGUCAGGAGUGCGAGAGCAGGCGCCAGUCAAGCACACGCCUCUCGGGCUACAUUGGACCCGAGGAGUUUGCGCAACGCAAGCUGCUGCUCUCGCAGAGCAGCACGCUCAGCAAAUCUGGUUCCAUGCAGAACUUAUUUGGCAGCGAGAACUCCAUUGACUGCUUUGGCCUCAGUCAAAUGAGUCAAACUGCGCUCAACUCCAACUCCAGUUUGAUGGAACGCAUUUCGGAGCAACUGUUCAACAAUCAGCUGCCCAUACAGCCCAAUCCCACGCUGCAGAACAGCUCUUCCAAGAGCAAUCUGGGUGGCUUGGCGCUACGCGAGAAUGUGGACUGCGAGCAGCGACGCUCGGCACAGAAGAACUUCACCGGCAAGGAUCAGCGCAAUAUGAGUCCUUACUUUAAUGCUGGCAACAGCAAUAGCAACGGCUCGGCACGCAAGUUGCUUGCCACUGCCACAGCCACUGCCACUACCACAGCAUGUUGUAGCCAAGUUAAGGCCAAGCGCCAAAUAUCAUUUGAUAGUUAAAUUUUCAUCGCUCUAAUUUAUAUAGAAGACAAACGUACAUACGUACCACAUACAUAGAUACAUACAUGAAAACAAAAUGCAAUAUACGAUUUAUAUAUAUAUAUUUCGCUGAAGUGUAAAAGUUGAAAGAAAUUAAUUGAAAGUCAGACGCAACAAUAAUGGUUUGUGCUUAACAUUCUAAAUAUAUCGAUAACAAUUAGCAAUUACAAAUAUACAAAAAAAAAAAAA